CGAUGAAGCUGCAAUGGAUCCAGUACUGUUUGUUGCAAGCUGGUGUCAAGCCAUGCCGCCUGAUGUUUUGCACGGCGUCGAAGUUGCAGUGCGACCCGCUGCUGUCGGCGACAAAGGUGGAGUAUGUCGAGUCAGCAGCGCCGGCGGUCGGAUCCAACGAAUUGAUGCCAACGCAUAUUUCCGGCGACAGUCUGCCUCCGGUGAAUGAGCUGCACGGCUACACUACUCCGACCUUUAUCCAAAAAUAUGCCAUUCCGUCGCUGCUGGCUGGCCGCGAUUUGAUGGCAUGCGCGCAGACAGGUUCCGGUAAAACGGCGGCGUUCCUCCUGCCCAUAAUCGACCAUCUGCUCGAUAAAGAACUUAAAAAGACAACGCCGCUCUCGACAGGCUUCUAUGAUACCGUCAGCCCGUACAGCUUGAUUUUGGAGCCGACACGCGAACUCGUUCGACAGAUCUUUUACGAAGCAUUGAAAUUCGUCAACGGAACCCUUAUCAAGGUUGCCAUGCUGCAUGGCGGAUCUGAGAACUACAGGGAACAGAUAAAUAAGCUUAGAAUGACCGGAGGAAACAUAAUCGUGGCGACACCCGGACGUUUGAAUGACGUUAUAAAUCAGCAGAUAGUCAGCAUGGCUGAUUGCAGGUACUGUUUUAUAAACAUUACGGAAUGGUUAUCAUGACU